AUGUCACAUAACGCAAUGGAGCACUUGAAGAGCAAGUUGAGCAAAACAAGCACCUCGACCUACGUUCUCUUGGCCGUGAUUGCUGUCGUAUUUUUGGUUACAAUCAGAAGACCCAAUGGUAGCAAGGGGAAAAGCAGUAAAAAGAGGGCCUCGAAGAAGAACAAGAAAGGCAAGAAUCAAUUUGAGAAGGCGCCAGUUCCUUUGACUUUGGAAGAACAAAUCGACAAUGUGUCGUUGCGGUACGGAAACGAGCUGCAAGGUCGUAGUAAGGAUCUAAUAAAUAGAUUUGAUGCGGAAGAUGAAAAGGAUAUCUAUGAGCGUAACUACUGCAACGAGAUGCUUUUGAAGCUGCUGAUUGAGUUAGACGGCAUUGAUUUGAUCAAUGUGGAUGAGUCCCUAAGAAAGCCGUUGAAGGAAAAAAGGAAAGCCGUCAUAAAGGAAAUCCAGGCUAUGUUGAAAAGUUUAGACUCUCUUAAAUAA